CGGCGUUGAGAAGACUCCGAAGCCGCCCCGCCCAGCAAACUCAGACCUGUACACCAGCCACAAUGUCUGCAGGGACGAAACACAGCCGCUCCGACGGCGACCGCGAGAGCGAACCGCUAGCCAAGAAGGCCAAGACCGACCCUGUUGCCCACAAUGGUGACGAAAGCGAGGAGCCGACUGUAACAAAGGAGAAGCGGAAGAAGGACAAGAAGGAGAAGAAGGAAAAGAAAGACAAAGAAGCAAAGAAGGGAAAGAAGGAGAGGAAACGAAAGGACAAGGAGGAGAAGAAGCGCGCCGAGGGUCAGUCGGAAGACACAGAGCCCACCGUCGCGGCCGCAGAGGAGAGCACCCCCGCCGACGCGACUCCAGAGGUUGAGGAGCCGGUGGUGGAGGAGGAGGCAGCUACAAAGACCAAGGAGAAGAAGGAGAAGAAGGAGAAAAAGGACAAGAAAGAAAAGAAGGAUAAGAAGAGCAAGAGGGAAAAGAAGGCGAAGGAGUCCGCAGACGAUGCCGACAGCAGCGAGAGCCCCGCCAACGGGGUCGCGAACGGCGCAACGACCGGGGCCGCGAACGGCGUCGUCGCGCGCGACUCGACCUACGUCUACAAGCAGACCGACGCCUUGACAGCGCUGCCCGAGUCCGAGGUCAAGGACUUCAUGGACACUCAGCAGGUUGCCGUUUCAGAGCCCUCGUCGACGACCACACAUCGUCCGAUCCUCAAGUUCGACCAGCUGCCCGCCUCUCCGCUCAUUGCCAAGGCGCCCUUCGCCGGCUUCAGCGUCCCGACCCCGAUCCAGUCCGCCUCGUGGCCAUACUCGCUCUCGGGCCGCGACGUCGUCGGCAUCGCCGAGACCGGCUCCGGCAAGACCCUCGCCUUUUCCGUGCCCUGCGUCGAGGCCCUCAAGUCCCUCCCGGCCGACGCCCGCCCCAGGCCGUCCAAGGGCGGCAGGGUCUCGGCCAGCGCGCUCGCCGUCGUCGUCUCGCCGACCCGCGAGCUCGCCAUGCAGACGCACGCCGCGCUGGCCAAGCUCGCCGCGCUCGUCGGCCUCUCGGCCGUCUGCCUGUUUGGCGGCGCGCCCAAAGAGGACCAGCGCGCGCUGCUGCGCAAGGGCGCCGACAUCAUCGUCGCCACGCCGGGCCGCCUCAAGGACUUCCUGUCGGACGCCACGGUCGACCUCUCGGCCGUGCGCUUCGUCGUGCUCGACGAGGCCGACCGCAUGCUCGACAAGGGCUUCGAGGACGACGUCAAGCUAAUCCUGGGCCUGUGCCCGGAGCGCGGCCGCCGCCAGACGCUCAUGUUCACCGCCACCUGGCCCGCCAGCGUCCGCGGCCUGGCCGAGACCUUCAUGGUCGACCCCGUCAAGAUCACCAUCGGCGGCAAGACGCGCGCGGGCGCCGACGGCGAGGAGGGCAGCGGCAACGGCGUCGUCGAGCUGCAGGCCAACUCGCGCAUCUCGCAGACCGUCGAGGUCGUCAGCCCCUGGGACAAGGAGAACAGGCUCGUGCAGCUGCUGGCCGAGGCCCAGAGGGGCAAGUGCAAGAACGACCGCAUCCUCGUCUUUUGCCUGUACAAAAAGGAGGCCGUGCGCGUCGAGAACCACCUCCAGCGCAAGGGCAUCAAUGUCGCCAGCAUUCACGGCGACCUGAAGCAGGAGCAGCGGACCCGGAGCCUGGAGGCCUUCAAGGCCGGCACGACGACCGUCCUGGUGGCUACCGACGUCGCCGCUCGCGGUCUGGAUAUUCCCGAGGUCAAGUUGGUAAUCAACGUCACGUUCCCCCUGACCAUCGAGGACUACGUCCACCGCAUUGGCCGGACUGGUCGUGCCGGAAAGCUCGGCCAGGCCAUCACUCUCUUCACCGAGCACGACAAGGCGCACUCGGGCAGUCUCGUCAACGUCCUCAAGGGUGCCAACCAGCCGGUACCCGAGGAGCUGCUCAAGUUUGGAACGACUGUCAAGAGGAAGGGCCACGACACCUACGGCGCCUUUUUCAAGGACGUCGACAUGAGCCAGAAGGGCAAGAAGAUAACGUUUGACUGAGCAUAACUCGUGUGUUCACUCUAUGGGUAUAUGGGAAUUGAAUCAUCUAACGUUGGGACUCGGGGCUUCAUGAUUGAGCAAAGCAAAAGUUUUAUGUUGUUUUUUUUCUUUCCGCUUCUUGAAACCUGUCCCUUUACUUGUUGGUGGCCUUUUGCCGCCGUCCCCUUGCUGUCUCGAAGCAUCGCAGCAGAAACUGCCGCUCGCCGAUUGCCCUACACAGCGUUCGUUAGACUAGGGGUUUCUAGACUUGAUUGUUCGAGGAUAGACAUAAUCGAGGGGUCGAUAGAAAUGCGAGAAAGACAGAAAGAACAAGACUUACACCAGUGCGAUAAACACAAUGGCUACGCCAGCAACCUUGACAAGCUCGAUCAUUAUCUGCUUGGCGGCGAG